CGCCAGCCCCUAAAGUCUCUAGUAACGGCAGACUUUAUGCAUGUGAGAAUCUGCACGUAGCAUUCAGACUUUUAGGACUCCAGCGCUUCCCACCAGAUGGCCAACAGCGCGUCGAAAUAUCACUUAUAGGACGAGCUGCUGCGCUGCGUGUUCAUCAUCUCACCGCGGAGUUAACUGCACCGGUGGAGCUGAGAUUUAGGAGGACAGGACACCCGGCGGGGACACAUAUCUGCAGGAUGCGGUUGUUUAGGAUGGAGCUGCCAUGUUGGUGUUUGUUUUUGCUGAGCUCUCUGCAGUCGCUCUCAGCCCACAAUGACUUCUUCACCUCAAUAGGCCAGAUGACAGAUUUGUUAUACACAGAAAAAGACCUUGUCACCUCUCUAAAGGACUACAUCAAAGCAGAGGAGAACAAGCUUGAGCAGGUCAAACGGUGGGCUGAUAAGUUGGAUUCCUUGUCCAACACAGCCAUACAGGACCCAGAGGGCUUCCUGGGACACCCUGUCAACGCCUUCAAACUGAUGAAGAGGCUGAACACAGAGUGGGGGAAUCUGGAAAGUCUUGUACUCAGUGACACCACUGAUGGAUUUAUUACCAACCUGACCAUCCAGAGACAGUACUUCCCCACAGAUGAGGACCAGACCGGGGCAGCUAAAGCUCUCCUCCGGUUACAAGACACUUACAGACUGGAUGCAAACACCAUCUCUACAGGAGACUUACCUGGAGUGAAACACAAGAGUCAUAUGACAGUGGAGGACUGCUACGAGCUGGGGAAAAUCGCCUACUCUGAUGUGGAUUACUACCACACAGAGCUGUGGAUGGCUCAGGCCCUGAAGCAGCUUGAAGAGGGAGAGGAGUCUGUUAUAGAUAAGGUGACAGUGAUCGACUACCUCAGCUAUGCCAUCUACCAGCAGGGGGAGAUUGAGCGAGCCCUGGAGUACACCAAGAAGCUGCUUGAAAUUGACCCAGAGCAUCAGCGCGCCAAGGGCAACCUGAAGUACUUUGAGUUCCAGUUGGAGAAGCAGAGGAAGGCUGCGGAGAAUGAAGCUCCAAAUGAGAAAGAGCGAGUAAAAAGAGAAACAAGUAAAAAGAAGGAGAAAUCCAAAAAGAAUGCAACUUUUUCACUCAUCCCAGAGAGGAAGAAGUAUGAGAUGCUUUGUCGUGGGGAGGGCAUUAGAAUGACCCCCCGCAGACAGAGCCGGCUGUUCUGUCGUUACUUCGACAACAAUCGCAACCCCAUGUACGUGCUGGCGCCUGUGAAACAACAAGAUGAGUGGGACAGCCCCUACAUUGUACGCUACCUUGACAUCAUCUCUGACAAAGAAAUGGAGAGGAUCAAGCAACUUGCAAAGCCACGACUACGCAGGGCCACCAUCUCCAACCCCAUCACAGGAGUGCUGGAGACAGCGUCAUACCGGAUCAGCAAGAGUGCUUGGCUCACUGGCUAUGAGGAUCCAAUGAUUGACACGAUCAACCAGAGAAUUGAAGAUCUCACAGGACUGGAAAUGGACACUGCAGAAGAGUUGCAGGUUGCAAAUUAUGGCGUUGGAGGUCAGUACGAACCUCAUUUUGACUUCGGGAGGAAAGAUGAGCCAGAUGCCUUUAAAGAGCUGGGUACUGGCAAUCGCAUAGCAACAUGGCUCUUCUAUAUGAGUGAUGUAGCAGCAGGUGGAGCUACAGUAUUCCCAGAUGUUGGUGCAGCAGUUUGGCCCCAAAAGGGCAGUGCAGUGUUCUGGUACAAUCUGUUUCCCAGUGGGGAGGGAGACUACAGCACCCGACAUGCAGCUUGUCCAGUGCUGGUUGGCAACAAGUGGGUAUCAAACAAAUGGAUCCAUGAACGAGGCCAGGAGUGGCGGCGACCUUGUGGCCUAAAUGAAACUGAAUAAUGGAAAAAGAAAACUUCUUUGCCUCCCUGGCCCUCUUGCUCCUUCCUUGUGAAACGACCCAGGACCAAAGAACACUGCUGAAGAUCACCAAUGAUACAUACAGAUACAGUGGCUCAUUCCCUCACUACAAACACUCGUUUUUUUUCCCCCCAGCUGUUUGGGUUUGAGAUUGUUCGGGUUAAUGUCGAGCCCCUGGACAGUAUAAGCAUCGCUGUGACAGAGAACACGUUCUUCAGGUUGUCGAAUGGUUUGGAGAAACACUUGUGCCCUUUUUCACUCCCGUGUGGUUGUCUUUGCACUCUGUAUGAACUCUAGCUCUGUGGUGAGGUUAUUCUUCAGUGGUGACUGGAGAGACCAGCGUCCUCCUUGUCAGUUUGAACCUUAAAGUUUCAGUUCACGUUUUU